CCAGGAUCUCUGGGUCUGCCGGGGAGCCGCAGUGCAGAGCGGGCCCUCGAGGAGGCUGUGGCUACCGGGACCCUGAACCUGUCCAACCGGCGCUUGAAGCACUUCCCCCGGGGUGCGGCCCGCAGCUACGACCUGUCAGACAUCACCCAGGCUGACCUGUCCCGGAACCGGUUCCCCGAGGUGCCAGAGGCAGCGUGCCAGCUGGUGUCCCUGGAGGGCCUGAGCCUCUACCACAAUUGCCUGAGAUGCCUGAACCCAGCUUUGGGGAAUCUCACAGCCCUCACCUACCUCAACCUCAGCCGAAACCAGCUGUCAUCGCUGCCGUCCUACAUCUGCCAGCUGCCCCUGCGGGUCCUCAUUGUCAGCAACAACAAACUGGGAGCCCUGCCUCCCGACAUCAGCACCUUGGGAAGCCUUCGGCAGCUUGAUGUGAGCAGCAAUGAGUUGCAGUCCCUCCCCACAGAGCUGUGCAGCCUCCCUUCCUUGCGGGAUCUCAAUGUUCGGAGGAACCAGCUCAGCACCCUGCCUGAUGAGCUGGGGGACCUUCCUCUUGUCCGCCUGGAUUUUUCCUGUAACCGCAUCUCCCGCAUCCCGGUCUCCUUCUGCCGCCUCAGGCACCUGCAGGUCAUUCUUCUGGACAGCAACCCCUUGCAAAGCCCGCCUGCCCAGAUCUGCCUGAAGGGGAAACUUCACAUCUUCAAGUACUUGUCAACAGAGGCUGGGCGGCGUGGAGGCGCUACACUGGGGGACCUGGCCCCUUCCCGCCCCCCGAGUUUUAGCCCCUGCCCAGCUGAGGACUUAUUUCCGGGACGUCGGUACGAUGGCGGGCUGGACUCAGGCUUCCACAGUGUUGACAGUGGCAGCAAGAGGUGGUCUGGAAAUGAGUCAACUGAUGACUUUUCGGAGUUGUCGUUCCGGAUAUCGGAGCUGGCCCGGGAGCCUCGGGGGCCCAGGGAGCGGAAGGAGGAUGGCUGUGCUGAUGGAGACCCUGAGCAGAUUGACUUCAUCGACAGCCACGUGCCUGGGGAGGAUGAAGAGCGAGGUGCUGCCAAGGAGCAGCAGCCACCAGAAUUAAGCCCUGUAGCAGGGGAAAAGGAGAGGGCACCAAGCAGCAGGCGGGAGGAACUGCCUGGAGAGGAACGGCGCCGCCCAGACACUUUGCAGCUGUGGCAGGAGCGUGAGCGGAGGCAGCAGCAGCAGCAACAACAGAGUGGAGCAUGUGCGGCCCUCAGGAAGGACAGUUUUCUGAAGCUGGGGGUCAGGGCUCCUGGUGGAGGUGCUACAGCCUUGUCUACUCAGGCCACUUACAACGGCAUGCCCAAGUCCAGUGCCACCCAACCGGGAGCUUCAGGGGGACAGGGAGCUCCUGUCUCAGCCCCCACCUCUCAGGAGUCCCUUCCUAUAGGUGGACCAGUGACAGCACCUGCUCCUCGGCCGCUCGGCUCCAUCCAGAGACCAAAUAGCUUCCUCUUCCGUUCUUCCUCUCAGAGUGGCUCAGGUCCUUCCUCACCAGACUCUGUCUUGAGACCUCGGCGAUCCCCCCAGCUUCUGGACGAGAAGGAGCUGAUGGCUCAGUUGCGCCAGGUCCUUGAGUCGCGGCUGCAGCGGCCCCUACCUGAGGACCUGGCGGAAGCUCUGGCCAACGGCGUCAUCCUCUGUCAGCUGGCCAACCAGCUGAGGCCCCGCUCUGUGCCCUUCAUUCAUGUGCCGUCACCUGCUGUGCCAAAACUCAGUACCCUCAAGUCUCGGAAGAAUGUGGAGAGUUUCUUAGAAGCCUGUCGAAAAAUGGGGGUGCCUGAGGCUGACCUGUGCUCGCCCUCGGAUCUCCUCCAGGGCACCGCCCAGGGGCUGUGGACCACCCUGGAGGCCGUGAAGCGGGUGGGGGGCAGGGCCCCCCCACCACUCUGGCCUCCCUCUGGUCUGGGCGGCUUCAUCCUCUUCUACGUGGUCCUCAUGCUGCUGCUCUAUGUCGUCUACACUCAACUCCUGGGUUCCUAGGACCUGAAGUCACCCCUCCCCUCACCACCUUGCCCUAUUUCUAUUUAUAAGACUCCUGUGCAACCCCCAUGCCCACCAGUGGUGCCUUCAGCCCCUACCAAAGACACUAGUGAACCCUCCUCCCUUCACAAACACUGACCUCAGAGGCCCCCCUCUGGUACCCCCAGAUCCUGGGCACCCAGCCUCUGGCCCCUCCCAUCUCAGUGCUGAUGGUGCCUUCAUGCCUUCUCCCACCCAGCCCUGCCCUCUGCUCCCCCAGAGGGGGUGGAUCUUAACCUUCCCACUUUCACUCUCUCUCCACCCCCUACUCCCCACCCCCAAUAUUGGGGGCUAAAUUAUCUAUAUUUUGUAGAGAGAACUCUAUAUUUGUAGGAGAUGCAAGGCCCAGUCUGGGUCCCCAUCUCAUGUAUAAAUUGUACAGACUGUG